AUUGGCAUCUAAUGGUGAGGAAGGUGGUCAGUCAUCCAUCGCCUCUAGGACGCAGUGCCAAUAUAAAUGUUUGGGUUUUGGUGACACCAUCAGUGUAUAACGGACUAACAUGGCUCGCACAGUAUUUUUCCUCACCAUCGCCGUCUGCCUCCUUGCUGCAACCUUCGCAGCACCAGCGGAGAACCACCAAACAAAGCAAGUGGCCCCAGAAAAGGAUGAUUUAGAAGCGUCUGCGUCACACUGGGGAGGUCACUACGGUGGUUUUGGCUACGGUUACGGAUACUAUCCGCACUAUGGUUACUGGGGAUGGCCCAGCUACGGUUACGGUUGGUACGGUCACGGCUGGCCGUACGGAUACGGUCAUGGUUAUUGGUGGUAAAAUUGGAACGCUCUUUCCGAAGAAAUGAACUAAGGAUGUUUAUGCUUGCCGUAUAAUUAUUAUAUGUAUGAGUAAAAAACAAAGCGAACAAAUCGUUCUGAAGCAUUGUGGCACUAGAAAAAUAAAUAGCAGUAUUUAGAUUUAAGAUUA